GAGUCCCCGUCGCCGUCAAGUCACGGCAGAAUCGCCAUGGCGGCGCUGAGCGACCUGGCGUCGGCGCUGGAGUCGUGCAGGGUCCGGGACCGCCUGAUCCGAACGCUGGGGUACAGCUGCCAGCUGGUGGGCGGGAUCCUGGUGGAACAAGGUCCUGGCAGGUCAGAAAUAGGGUCCCACCUGCUGGCUCUGUCCUCCCAGCUCAGCCACUGGCGGACAGUGCUUCGUCUCUUUGAUGAUUUGGCCAUGUUUGCCUACACCAAGCAUUAUGGCCUGGGGCCCAAGGACGAGGACGCCUUUGUACGCUUCAUGUCGGUACUGGGCAACCUGGCUGACCAGCUCUACUAUCCCUGUGAGCAUGUGGCCUGGGCCGCUGACACCCACCUCGUCCCCCUGCGCUCGGCCCCGUGGUGGACGCUCAGCACGGCCUUCUGGGCCUCUUCCCUGUUUCUGAGCAUUGCCAGGUCUCUGUGGAUAAUGCGGAAGCUGAGGCAGACGUUGAGGCCCUCAGCUGAAGUCGCUAGUCAGCUGCCCCGGAGCAAGAGGUGUGCGGUGGAGUGGCAGCUACGCUCGGAGCUCCUGUUGCUGCUCUCCAAUGCGGCCGACCUGGCCAACGCCGUGCACUGGCUGCCGCCGGGCAUCCUCUGGGCCGGCCGCUUCCCACCCUGGCUGGUGGGCCUGCUGGGCACCAUCUCUUCCCUCCUCAGGGCGUACCUGGCUCUGCGGGCAGACACGCUGGCCGAGGUGGUCACCUCCUGAGCCGACCAGCGGAAGCAUCUGGAUCCCAGAGCAAGAGCCCGGCCCCCCAAAAGCCCAAAAGCAAUCACGGGCCGGGCCUGGAAUAGAACAAAUCAAAGGCAGCGGUGGGGGGAGCCCCGUAUUCCAGAGGAAUACAGCGUGGCCUGGGGUCUUUCCAAGCCUUGUCUUUUGGCCCCGGGAACUCACCAGCCCCUGUGUGGAGAACUUCUCAGGGCAGGGGGGGCUGGACCCCGAGACUGGAAAGCAGAAGCAGCUCUGUAGGCCCCCCUGGUGGAACCUCCCAGAGCUGAGAAUCAUUAAAUUUUGUGGUGUUGGUGCA